AUGGAGAAUAAUGAUCUGAAAAAUAAGCUUACACAAGCUAAUGAGAUUAUUUCUAAGAACGCUGAAAUAAUAGCGGAUCUGGAACGUAAGGAUGAAAAGAAUAGAAUGGCUUUAACGCAUGAAAGCAUCAGAUAUGAUGCCAUUAUAACGCAAAAGCAGGGCGAUAUCGUGAAGCUGCAGAACGAGAAUCAAUCAUUGUGCGACCAGUUGAGCAAAAUUGUAAUUGAACUCGCUCGGAGCAAUGACACGAUUUCAUUAUUGAGAAGAGAGAGCGACAAUAUGGCCGUGAUAAAUGUUCUGCAAGCGAAUCUAUCGGAUUUAGACAUGGAUAAAGAGAGACUACUGGUGAAAGUAGACUAUCUGAGGAGCGAGAUAGUGAAUUGUCAAAGUUCCACGGCAGACAUCGAAAAUGAACUGCGAACGUUAUCGCAGAGAAAUGAGACAUUGAAAACGGACAUAGACACUGUAAAAAAUACUAACGAUCAAUUGUUGUACACGCACGAAGAUAUGAUCAAGUCCUUGAAAGAUACACUGUACACACUUCCUGGGAAAAUUUAUGACAAAAUCGUGCGCCUUCGAACGGAAAUCAAAGAAUACGACACAGAUAUGGAGAAUACGUCUGAACGACAUCAAAGCAAAGAAAUUUUGGAAAAUGAAAAGGAAAAGCAACAGGCGAAAUCUUGUCAACAAGAUGAGGAAUUUUACACGAGUCAAUGCACGCAUGAUGAAUUAGUUACGGUCGCUCAAGAAGUAGAUUGUAAUACUGAGAAUGCUGUGCACAAGUUAAGAUUCCUCGAAGGACAAUACGAGAGCAAACUGCAUGAAAUUAAAAAUUUGAUGGAUGACGUAAAGCUGAGAGAUUACGAAAUAAAGAAUCUUGAAGAGUGUAUUACUUAUCUGUUGCAGGAGAAGAACGAUUUACAAAUUAAAGUUAAAUCCCAGGUAGAGGAGUAUCAGAACAAAUUAGCAUUGUUGAAGAAAAAAUAUGACAGUAGUUUGAACGCUUUUCGUAAGAGACAUAACGAGAACGUCGAAAGAUUGCAGACAAGAUUCGAAGAUAUUAUGAAAAUCGAGAGAAGUCCGUUUGACUCGGAGAGUUGGUUACAGUCGCUGAACUUGAAGGAACUGACGGAACUACAUAAUCGAAUCAAUAUUUUGAGCUCACACGCAGUUGAGGAUACUGAAUCAAACAUUACACAUACCGAAACGAAGGAUCAUUACAGACCUCGCAAUAAUUCCGAAGAGCAUAAGUUCUAUAAUAAGUUCACUUUACAUAAGCAGUACACGACAGAGAAUAGGUUGUCUUUAAAUAAAAAAGCAAGUAAAGAUGAACUCAUUUUCGAAAAUCUAAAUACGGAAAAUAAUGAAGAGAAAAUUUCUAUAACAGAAUUAUAUUCUCGCGAUUUUAAACAGAAACAUAGAUUUUUCGAUGAUGGGAAGAAACAAACGGAAAAUACGAAAUCAUGUAAACCUAGAAUAGACAGAACCCUUGAUUGGCAGAGAGAGAAAUUUAUCUAUCAAUGUAGCAUACAUCAUAAAUUGAACAAUGCUCGCUGA